AUUAUUUUUGACAACAGUUAGUUAUAGGCUCAGAGUUAUAGAAAUAGGACAGUUGACAUUAGUAUUGAUAAGCUCUUGCUAAUAUUUUGUUUUUAGCAGACUCUUAAUUAUUUUAAUAUUAACCUAUAAAAACAUAUAGGUAAAUGAAACACGAAGUAUAAAUUUAUACUUACCAAAUACGAUCUGAUAAGGUCACGUUUUGUGUUCCAAAAUCAAUGAUAACACUGAAUUAGACACCUAAAUAAAUAGUUAUAAAAGGCUUUCAAUCUUAUAAGAAUAAAUUAGGUGAAUUUGGAUCAUUGAAAUACUUCUAUGUUAUUAACGCUUUGUUGUAUUUAACUCAAUAUUAUGAAAAAUAUAUUUAAAGUUAUAAAUUCUAUCCAGACUCAUUUGAUAACGUGGGGCGAUCCUUUUGACUGUAGCGGUCAAGAUGUAAUUAUAUGCGUUACGGGUAAUCCAGGUGUUACAGACUUUUACAUAGAAUUUGGCACAGCACUACAUGAGAAUACUGGUCUGCCUGUUUGUGUUAUUGGUCAUGCUGGCCAUGAAGAAGUUCCAGACAAGAAAUCAAAUAUGCUGCAAGGUCAAGAAAAUUUAUUUAAUCUAGAAGGUCAAAUCGAACACAAGUUGGAUUUUAUCUACAAUUACGUUGAUAAGCGUAGUAACAUGCAUCUUAUAGGUCAUUCUAUCGGGUCAUGGAUGAUUCUAGAAGCAUUGCAAAAACAUAGUAAUUUAAUUAAUAGAAUUUCAUCAAUCAAUUUGUUAUUUCCUACUAUCCAACAUAUGGCAGAAACGAAGAAUGGUAUAUUUUUGAAUAAUUUCAUAAGGAAUUUUCAUACAAUUGCGUUGCUUGUUUUUACAUUAGCUUAUAUGUUACCUAAUUAUAUCAAAUCACUUCUAAUUAAAAUCUAUUUAAAAUUUAAUUCUCUACCUUUACAUUACGAAGAAAGAAUUCAAAAAUAUUGCAAUCCAAGAGUCGGUGAGAAGGUGCUUUUUUUAGCUUAUGAUGAAAUGGACAAAGUAACAUCUUUAAACAAUUACAUAAUAGAAAAAAUUAAACACAUGACAAACAUUAUUUAUAGUAAUCAUGAUGGUUGGGUGCCAGUCAAAUAUAUGGAAGACCUAAAAUGUUAUCAACCUUAUCUUCAAAUGAAAGUAGUAAACAUUGACCAUGCCUUUGUUUUGAAGUCUGCAGAAAUUAUAGCCGAAAUGGUUUCAGACUAUAUUAAAUUAAAGCUUAAUAAAUAGUCUGGGCUAGACAUUACCAUAGAGUGAAUAUCGUGUUAGGGAAACUAGGUAAUUUAGAUAGGUGUAUAUGUUUAAAUAAAACGUGAAGUGGUUAUGUGUGGUUAAACACUCAUACAUACAGAGUAGUAUUUUGUGCAUACUGUCCACUUUUUUAGUAGAGAAGGAAUUUGCUAAUAGGGGUAAUUGGGGAAAACUUGCACUUCGGGUAAUCUUUAUAGAUAUUAUGAUCAUACUAUGAAACACAGCUACAAAGUUGCUGAUUCAAGCUAGUUUUGUGCGACUGUGAACUGGCUCGUCGUAAGAGCCAAAACAUCAGCAGUAUGAGUCUACUUGUAUAAUAUCUUCCAUAAUAUAGAUAAUUUAAACCAUACAAAUGUAUUUAUUAUCUUAUUUUCUUUAGAUAUAAUGUUCGUAAUAAUUCUAUACUUAUCUGUCUUGACUAAGAAGCCGCCAUUAAUUGUAUUUAAAUACAAAUAUAGUUUUA